AAAAUAAAGAAUAUUUUCAAAGAACCAAGGGAGACAAUAUUCGUACAAGUGAAAUUCAAUAUACUAUCAAAACGAUAAGUAUAAUUUAAUCAUUAAAAAAUAUAAAAUAUUUUAAAUGUGGUUCGCAAGCUAGCGAAAAUUCAAAAGGUAGACGCCCAACGAGCGUCGGGGUCUUUCUUCAACGUUCGUGCGUUUUACUAACACCCGGAUCUCUUCGAAAAAUGGUCACUUCAGUCUCACAAGUCACGUUGAGAGCAUCACUGAGUUUACUUGAACUUUUUUGAAAACUAUCUCCACGAAAUGGCAGACAAAGUAGAAUCCCCAGCCGCACCUGCAGUGGCAACUCCGAAGAAAGCUGCCAAGGUACAGAAGCCCCGCGCCAAGGCCAGUCACCCGCCAGCGUCGGAGAUGGUGAACGCGGCCAUCGCGACUUUGAAGGAGAGAGGCGGCUCUUCGCUCCAAGCCAUCAAGAAGUACAUCGCUGCCACCUACAAAGUCGACGUCGAGAAGCAGGCUCCCUUCAUCAGAAAGUACCUGAAGGCUGCAGUCGCCAGCAAGGCUCUGAUCCAGACCAAGGGCAAGGGCGCUGCAGGGUCCUUCAAGUUGAACGUCGCCAAGGCCGAGGGCAAGGCCAAAGCCAAGACCAAGACUGCCGCCAAACCCAAAGCUGCUGCAGCACCAAAGGCCAAGAAAGCAGCUUCUCCGAAGAAGGCCGUGGCAGGCAAGACCAAGAAAGCCGUCGCCGAGAAGAAGAAGACCCCGAAGGUUGCGGCCAAGCCACCGAAGGCCAAGUCCACCACCGCCAAACCCAAGGUGACCAAGGCUGCUCCCAAGAAGGCGGCCAAAGCUUCGCCCAAGAAAGCAGCUGCACCCAAAGCGAGGAAGCCCGCGGCAAAGAGGGUUGCCAAGAAGUAAAGUGAAAAGAAAUUGAUAGUGGAUGAUUGAAAACAAACGGCCCUUUUCAGGGCCACCAAUUACUUUUUACGAAAGAAUUUUCUUUGUCUCAAACAAAAAUAUUUAGAAUUAUAUAUUACAAUUAGCCAAAUUGAGAUUAAUUUUUUUUAAGUUUAAAAUUUUUUCCAAUCUCAAAUUUCGUCGUUCAUAGACUCUGUAAACAAUGCAAAAGGAUCUUUUUAUAUCCUUAUGUUGAAUGUGACAAAAAUAUUUCUUUACAUGUACAUUUCUUUGUAUCAUGUUCUGUUCACCAAGAAGCAUUAUAUUGUCUCCAUAGGAUAAGUGAACAAGUUUCUGAAAAAUUCCAGGCGUAGACUGAAUUUUACAGAUGUAAUUUUGAUUUAUUUUCAAUUAUCUGUAACGUAGGAAGGAAGGAAGAAUUUUUCUAAUAAAAAGCAUAUUCGUAGAAUAAACGUUUUAUCUUCAAUUAUAACCAUUCAGUAUCAAUUAAUACUCGGAGAACGCAAAAAUAUGUUUAUCAAAAGAUUCAUCGCUUUUUAGGGUUCCGUACACCUACGGUGUAUCGGCGGAACCCUAUUAGUGAGACUCUGUUGUCCGUAGCCAA